GGGAGAGAAGUCCGGGGGGGGCCGGGUCACGGCUGUGCCAGCGCUUGCGGCCCUGCGCGGCUUCCCCGCCCCGGGGCCGGCGGGAAGCGGGGGGGCGGCCUCGGGCCUGCGGGAGCAGCGCCGGGCGGGCGCGGCACGAAUGUGCUCAUGUCCUCUGCAAGAGCUGUCGGGGAUGUGCAGUGACAGCGGGGCUGCAGCCUUGUCUCGGAGCCCGGAGGAGCUCUGCGCUGUGCCUGCCCAUGGCUGCAGCCGGCGGUAUUGAUGCAGUCAUACCGUACAGCUCUGUUGUUCCGUAUUCCUGACUGUUAUCUUCGGGGAAAAACAACAUUGAUACAGGAUGCUGUUUGCCGUGGUGCUGUGCGCAGUUGUGCUAACAGGGAGCAGUAAAGUUCAAGAUGAUGAAUGGAUUGACCCCACGGAUAUGCUCAACUAUGAUGCAGCAUCAGGAAAAAUGAGACCUUACAAGGCAAACUACCACAACUCUGAGGAUGAGACUGCGAAUGCAGUCAGUACUGAAAUCUUAGCGAGUUGCUCCAGGACAGUAGAUUCCUUGCAACAGAAGGUUGCAGACUGUGAGAAGAGGAUUGCCAAAUCCCGUGAAAGCCGAAGCUUUUACAUUUUUAAGCGGUACUUAAAUAAGAUUUUAAAUGAAGCUGGAAAACUUGGCCUGCCUGAGGAAAACGUGGACCAUGUCCAUUAUGAUGCUGAGAUCAUCCUUACAAAACAGACGUAUUUGGAGAUCCUCCGGUUUCUGCAGGAGGAAACGUGGCAGUCGGGUGCUGUGGAUGAUGCCCUUAGUGACAUUUUGAUCAAUUUUAAGCACCAUGAUUAUAAAGCUUGGCACUGGAGAUUCGAAGACACUUUUGGAAUUGAGCUAUAUAAUAUGCUUCUGAUACUCUUGUGUUUAGUGUGUAUUGUGAUUGUAAUAGCUACAGAGCUCUGGACACGUAUUCACUGGUUUGUUCAGCUAAAACGAGUUUUAUUAAUAAGUUUUCUCAUCAGUUUUGCAUGGAAUUGGCUUUAUUUGUAUAAGCUGGCCUUCGCGCAGCACCAAGCAGAAAUCGCGAAAAUGGGGCAGUUUGAUAACGUCUGUGCUGAGAAGCUCGACUGGAGGGAAAGUCUUAUUGAAUGGCUCAGAAGUAAAUGGACGUUUCAGGAUGAUCCCUGUCAGAAGUACUAUGAAACUCUACUAGUCAAUCCUGUUUUGCUGGUUCCACCCACCAAGGCAUUGGCAAUUACUUUCACCACCUUUGUAACAGAGCCUUUGAAGCACGUAGGACAAGGUAUUGGUGAAUUCAUCAAGGCACUUAUGAAGGAGAUACCCUUUUUCCUGCAGAUUCCAGUGCUAAUUAUGAUGGCUCUGGCUGUCCUGGCUUUCUGCUAUGGCGCAGGAUCAUCAGUGUCUGCGUUAAGAUACUUAACAUCUUCUCAGAAGAGAAGCCCGCUUCCCCUUGACCAUCAACAGGACAAGAUAGACUUUCGGCAAUAUGAUGGGAGUAAAGGAGAUGGCUGUUAUUUGCAGAAGCCUCUUUACGUUUCUAGAGGACCUUAUGACAGGGAAGAUGCUCCUCUGAGACCAGGAAAUGGCAGAAGUCCUGAUGUCAUGCAUACAGGCAAUAAGCAAGAUACACAAGUAGAAGAGUCUCACAAACCAGAACGUCGUAAUAGAUUGUGCACCGAGUCUGAAGUUUGUAGACUAGAAACUACCACAGCUGAAAACUGUACUGAAGAACAUGCACUUGAGCAGCAAAAACAGGAGACGGUCAAAGCAGAACGAGAGGUUGGAGAAAACUGUGAUCCUAAUAAAAACCUCAAAGAAAGGAAUUCUGCAAUGCAACAGUGUGAAGAGAAGACAAAGAGUGGUUCACGUGACUCACAGGAGGGAGACUGAGGAAGCCUGAGCUCUGCUGUGGAGUAGAGGAUGUUGCCACUGAAGCAGCUGGGAAUCUAUUCUUCUCCUGGAAGUAGCAUCUCUGAUCAUCCAUCCUGUUGCUCUGGAAUCGACUCAGCAGAUCAAAGAACCCUUCAUCUGCCAUUGCCUCUCGACUGUUUUUCUGAACAGAAAAGUAGAGUUAGAGGUAUUUUGAACUCAAGAGUACCUAAAACUGGGACAACUGCAUCACAGUUUCAAUCCAGUAAUAAGUUUGGUAUUUGCGUAUCUGAAAUGCAUUAAAUGAAUUUUUUUUAGUCAUCCAUUUCUAUAGACAGAUUUAUUGUAAGAGGAAAUGCUAAUAGUAUGGCAAGCAUUUUUGGAAGGUAAAAUCUACUAGAAACAUUUUGUUCUCUGAAACACAACGAAACAGUACUCUCAUCAGCACAGCUGGAGUUAUUCCCCCUCAGCCAUUAAUCCACCUAAAACCCAAAACCAGCACUGAGCACUUUCCAUUGGCUCCUCAGGUCUGUGGCCAAAAGCAUUCCUCUAACAUAUUAGAGCAAAUGACUCUGUUCUUUUAUUUUUAACUGACUUCUGUCAGGAGUGCAAUAACCUAAAGAAUAUGUCAAAAAUAUCCCCUGCUGUCUGAAUCAGAGAAACUAUUUUAAGUUUGGAGAAGCAGGAUCUAGGAGAGACUUGGAAGUAAAAAUAUACCUUCAUCUGAGCUGUAUCUUUAGAAAAACCACCAGGAAAAGAGUGUUUCAAUAGCAGGGAAGGCUUAAAGCUGGCACCACCUAUGAGACAGCUGCAGAGUGGCAGAUGGGGCAUCCUUUUACAAAGCCACAGUGUUCAAAUUGAGUACCACUGAAAUGGACAGCUGCCAGAAUGUCGUUUCUGUAAUUCUGACCAAACAAAGGUGAGUAAAGGCGAUGGUCUCCGCAGCUCACCAAACCUACCCUCUGUGAGUUUGGAAGUCGAUGAUCAAUAGAAUUACUGGCAUCCUGCAAAACUUUGGAAGUGGUGCCGGUUUUGUACUUUUUGCCUUUUAGUCGAUUUACAAAAUGCAGUUUUGCUGAAGGUUUGGCAACCAGUGGUUUCUGUUUAGCAAGAAUCUCACUGUUCCAGUUCUGAACCUAAGAAAACAAGAGUCAGGAAAUGAAGCCUUCUGAUUUUAAUUACCUAGACUGUUACCUCUUAUCUGCUGCUGCUUUUCCUCCCUGAAAUGAAGCAGUUUCAGAUAAUUUAGUUUAUCCAAGCACAAGGACACGAAAACUUAGGUUUUGAUUCUUAUUACUUGACCUGUGACUACUGAGCUUUUGUUACCUGAAGCAGGUUAGUAUUGUUAUUGGUGAGUCUUACAAGUGAACUGGACUGUGAUACCCAAUGGAUUAAAAUGUGGUCAAAGAGUGCAGUUAAUCAAACACUCCAAAUUUUCCUUGCUCACUGUGGUGCAGGAAGAGUAGUAAUGGAAAUACUAAAAUGCAGAUACAGGUGGCAUUUCCCGCCUGGCAUUCUUAGAAUGGGAAAGGAAAAAAAAAUUUAAAAAUCCAUCAUUUUACAAAGUGUUAGAGCAACACAAAUCCUUACACAAACCCAGAUGUUCAACCAGCCUUCAGUGAGGUCCUUGAUAUGCACAAAAUGCUUAGUAAAGAUUGAAAAGAAAGAGGGAGAAGAAUACCAGCACAAGAACAAAGAGGAAUAACCAUCUUGUUUCACUGCAGAAAAGAACAGAGCGCUUUACUGGCCUGACAGAUUUUUGCUAAAUUCUCUUCUAAAAUAAACACAAUUUUCCACUAAAUUGACAGCUUUAUCUACAGCUGACCCUUACAAUAACUGAAUAAAACCCCCCUUUUUUUUCUUGAUUUUCAACACCAGAAAUUGUGAACACAGUCACAAAUCUUGCAGCAACACUGCCUAACCAAAAGCAUUGCCUUCUAAAGGCUUAUUUAAAAUCAGCACACGGAUUCCGGUGCCAAGCAGAUGGCAUGCUGUACAACCAUAAUGCCAGUGUCAUACACUGCUCUGUAUAUCAAAGACUUCUAUAGAAUUAAUUUUCAGAAUCUACUCAAAGAGUAUGUUGAAAAAGGCCCUACAUAAGAGCUAAUCUGCAAUACUAGGUUAAUAGUUUACUGCAAAAAUCCACGUGAAACAUUUUAGUGGAUUAAGGGCACAGGCUGUGUACUUUAAAAGAGCUCAUAGAUAAACAGAUAGCGAUGAAAAGCUUAGAGCUCCUUGCUGAGGACUCACCCUGGGCUAAACACACAACCUUUUAAAAUUGCUACCCAAAGAGGCUCUUAAGUAUCCAUGUUGACCUCAGCUGUACAUUGAGCUUUAAUUUCCAGUUUGAUAAACACGAGGGCAGUCUUUGCAUCUCUUUGAAGAGAUGGGAAUUAGAUCCCAGUAUGGUGGGAAAAAGAGCCAUUUCAGGCUGCCACUGGAGUCAUUUAUGGAUAACUGCCAGCCUACCAUUUGAAGGCAGACAGAAUUUGAAGGAAAUCUCUCCAAGAGUGACAAAAGGAUUUUAAUCAGGAACGCCCAGCUCCUAGAGAUUUCUCUUGAGCUUGGGGAAAAGUUAGUUAACUGAUCUGUGACUCUGCAUUUCUGAAGUAGCAUCCCUUCUCACAAUGGAUGUUGAAACUCGUAAUGGUUUGCAAGUUGGUUGAAAAACACAACAUGUAUUUUAAGUGCCUAUCACUGUAACCCAAAUAAAAAAUGUUCAGAAGAGCUGAGCUAAAGCUUAGGAAUUUUACUCUGAAUCACUUGCAUGCGGCAACCUCAAGCCACCUUUAAAGAAGAGAUGAAAGAGUGUGCUUUGCACCACUGCAGGACCUCAUUCUUUCCUGUGAGGGGAAUAAAGCAAGCUUUCCACAAGCCAUUCCAACCAACAUAUGCAAGAUGCUGACUGUUGCCCAAAUGGCAAAAGUAUUAGUUGUUAGAAUUGUUAGACCUGCUUUUACUUAACUUUUAAUAACAG